UAGUAGUAUUAUAUAAUUGUUUCUAAGGAAGAGGGGUGGAUAUAGAUUGAGCAAAAUAAUUGUGCGACAAGUAACUACCCCAAAAAGACCUGAAUUUUGACAUCGAUCGAGAUCCGAUUGGAGCGAUGCCUUCAAGAAGAAGAACACUUCUCAAAGUCAUCAUCCUCGGUGACAGCGGGGUUGGAAAGACAUCUUUGAUGAACCAAUAUGUGAACAAGAAGUUUAGUAAUCAAUACAAGGCAACUAUUGGAGCUGAUUUCCUGACAAAGGAAGUUCAGUUUGAAGACAGGCUUUUUACUCUACAGAUCUGGGAUACAGCAGGACAAGAAAGAUUUCAGAGCCUUGGUGUUGCCUUCUACCGUGGUGCAGAUUGUUGUGUGCUUGUAUAUGAUGUGAACGUGCAGAAAUCAUUUGAUAGCCUCAAUAAUUGGAGGGAGGAAUUCCUUAUUCAGGCAAGUCCUUCAGAUCCAGAAAACUUCCCAUUUGUGGUUCUUGGGAACAAGGUCGAUGUAGACGGUGGCAAUAGCAGAGUGGUAUCUGAGAAAAAGGCACGAGCUUGGUGUGCCUCAAAAGGCAACAUACCAUAUUUUGAGACCUCCGCAAAGGAGGGGAUCAAUGUUGAAGAAGCUUUUCAGGUCAUUGCAAAGAAUGCGUUGAACACCGGAGAUGAGGAAGAAAUAUACCUGCCUGAUACCAUUGAUGUCGGAAGCAACAGUCAACAAAGGUCCUCUGGAUGUGAGUGCUAGAGGCCAAUGUGAAAUUCUUUUGCUCACUUUGUUCAAUUGGCUAUAACUGUAAAGUCAUCAUAAACGAUGCGUGAUACUGCCGUAAAUACUUUUUAAAUCUAUUUGGAUGUUUCUAUUUUGUAAGUUGAUACCCAUUUAUGGAUAUUUCGUACUUGGUAGCUGUUGUGUGCUGAUAUGUUUUGGAAUGCUAUGAGGCUGUCAAACCGAAUCAACCUUAUAUAUUUUUUUCAUUACCAGUAAUGAAGCUUUUGGAAUUAUGGGUGUUGGUUUCA